AUGCGUUUUCUUCAAGUCCUAAUGCUUGGUGCUGGCCUUGCCAUGCAGGCUAAGGCCUAUGAUCUUACAUUCUACGACAACGUGAUGGACUGCAACGCCAAUGACAACACUAAUUACAAGAUCUUCGAGGGAAACUCUGACCAGUGCAUUAACCUGUUUGACACCGCACCCUCAGACACUUCGUGCUCCCUGUACACCAACGGCGGGUUUAGCAACACCGCCUGUACUAGUGAUAACUUCCGAGCCACCUCUGUCUUCCUGAACGAUCUUCACACCCAAGUCCUCGGAACAAACUCCUGCUGGAGCUGUACAUUCUACAACGAGCGCGACUGCGAGGUUGAGACUUAUCCACCGAUUACUACAGACAAGUGCAACUACAGGGGGGGACACGGACUUGCGUCAUUUAAAUGCGGCCCGAGUCCUACCAUUGGUGGAUGCUAG